UUGCGGUGGCAAAAAGUAUACCCCGGUUGGAAACAAUAAAAAAAUAUUAAAACUCGCAAUCGGGUGGAACCGGUCGUACGCGGUGCUUUGGAGUAGGAAAUUGCGUGUGGCUGUGUAUCGGAUUGGAAGGUGAAAUUCAUGUGGAGUGCAUGCGGGAAAUCUGUUCAGUGAAAUAUUUGUGCAUCAAGUGGGGUAUUUUGUGAAAAAGCUCGCGAUUGGAUUUUCCCGAAUCUCAACGAGCAGACGUGGUGCUUUGACAAGGAUAACAAACUGGAGCUGUCUGUGUUGUUGAAGGAUUAUCGUCAUCUCGAGUGGGUGUGCACGUGAAGAGCCAGGAGUUGAAAUUAAAUGUGUUAAAAAAAUGAAAUUAUCAAGGUUCAUUUGCUGUUGUGCGAUAAUCGGAAUCGUUGCCACCGUCGUCGGCUCCACGGCAGCGGAUCAGCAUACCAAGGAACGGAUUAGGAUCCACAAAGAAUGGCUGGCAAGGCGUGCCGCGAGCCGUGUGAACUCCAAUUCCACCCAGCGUACGACCUACCUGCGAAAGUUAAUCAAAUUCAAAAACGAACAUGAGCCCCUGUCCGAGAAUGACAUUUCCUUUGUGCCACAUUUCGACCACAACAAUAGGAACACUGAGCAUCAGAGUGCCAUCGGAAUCGAUGACAAUCGAACCAACAUGGACCCCGUUAGUAGUGGCAGUAACAACCGGCAACAGGACAAUGACAACGAGUAUGGAUUGAGGCCGGUCGGAAGUGAUGCUGAACCGGACGAGGCAACGGAGCAGAAUGAAGCCGACCGAUAUCGGUACGAUGUGGCAAGUGAAAGCAAUUUGUCCACCGGCAAAAAUAGGCACCCGGGUGGAUCCAUGCAAUCUCGAUUAUUAGAGCAUCACUCCGAGGGCCAGGAAGCGUCUAACGAAAUACCACUGGUGACAUCUACCGUUGGUGCACCUGCUGUGAUGCAACAGCAAAAUGAUGCCAUUGCAUCCGGAUGGGGAAAUGAAAAUGACCCAACCGAACAAAUUAAUGCUGUGGCCAAAAUAAAUGAGCCUGGUAAAUCCGGAACGGUGGACGACAUAAAUAAUGAUCUACCGCAGGCGGGUGCAGCGGGAAGUGGCACUCAUAAAUCAGUGGAUGUUGCUGCAACUGCUGAUAAAAGGAAAUCCUGGCACAAUCCGGCCAUAAUUAAUAAUGAAACCACAGACGAUGAGAGCAGUACGUCUUCUUCAAGUGGUGCUUCCGGUUUUACCACUACCACCACGACGACGGAGGUAGUGCCAGCCAAGGUCGACGAGCAAGACAAGACAAAGGUGGACGGAAAUGUCACUAUAAGAAAUGGAUUCGGUCCCUGGAGCAAUUGGACGGCCUGCUCACGGUCCUGCGGUGGCGGUGUUAAAUCUCAACAACGGAAAUGCUGGCGACGAGAGUAUAUCAAUGGAAAGAAGAGCACCAGGCCAUCAGUGGAAAGUCACGAUUGCAUCGGAAUCGUGAAGCGGUAUCAUCUGUGCAAUGAACAAGACUGUCCUGAUCCGACGGUAGACUUUCGCGAACAGCAGUGUGCUAGCUUUAACAAUCAAACGUUUCAGGACAAGCGUUACAUCUGGGAAGCAUUUAUCAAUGAUGAUGCCGAAUGUGAGCUGAACUGUAAACCGAUUGGUAUGCGCUACUUCGCUACACUGAACAAGACGGUUAUCGAUGGUACACCUUGUAGCAAACCGACCGAGUAUUUCCGGCGAAAUAACAGUGGCAGGGGAAUUUGCGUAGACGGAAUCUGCAAGUUCGGCCGUUGUUCUCGUGAGCAUCCACCGUCGACGCUACAUCCCUGCUACGUCGCUACACCGUUAAGUCAUCGCACAGCAUACGUGCACCCUCCGCUUGCCGCACUGUCAGCUGCCAGCACAUCAGCAAAACCCUGCGCAG